AAGACAGAGCUGUUCAGCAGUGGAACUCUCCGCCCUAGAGUGUGAUGGAGGUGCCUUCUUUGGGGGCUUUUAAACAGAGGCUGGAUGGCCAUCUGCCAGGGGUGUUUUGAAUGUGAUUUCCUGCUUCUUGGCAGGGGAUUGGGCUCUUCCAACUCUAGGAUUCUAUGAGGAAGGAAGGGAGAGGAAAAAGAGGGAGCGAGAGAGCAAGAAAAGGUGAAGGAAGGAGAGGGAGAGGAAGAAAAAAGGCAAGGCUGCAAGAGAAGUCCAACAUGAGCAAAUAACGUUCUUCUUUCUUCUCUCUCUCUUUGGAGGCGAAUCUCCCCAAAGCAAGGCGCAGCCAAUGGCGUGGUCGGAUUCCGCCAGAGCAGGCAGCACUUUCCUGCUCCUUGGUUUGCGCGCCUGCUGCUGCUGCGCCAGCCUCUCUUCUCUGCUCUUCUCUUCUCUUCAGCCUCGCAUCCGCGGGGUCCCGUCGGGGAAGGCUGAAGGAGGGCUGGAGUGUGCGUCAAGCGCUCGCCUCACAGCAUCCGUUUUCCAUUCCAAAGGAGCGCGCGCGCGAGAGAGAGAGGCAGGGACAGGAUCGGAAGAGUUCGGCGCGGCCACUCUUGGGAGGGCGCCUCGUGCCAGUGCCGCGCACCUCCUUGCACAGGAAGCGGGCGCUGUUCUCCAAACUCGGCACGAGGGAGCCAAAGCAGCGCGCGAGGAGGCGAAGGAGGCGGAAGGGGGAAAGAGAGCUCGCACCUGAACUGAAUCCUCCCCCCCCCUUCCCCUCUGCCGUUGUUAAUUGGACGUCCUGCGAGGCGAUUGGCUGGAGUUCUGGGGGUCAUUUGCAUGAGGCCAGGCGCCUCCCGUGCCUCCUCGGCGGAGCCCCUCCUCCUCCUCCCCUUCCUCCCUUGGCACGGGGACCCUCCGCGGCCGCAUUUGGGGAUGCGCCGCCGAGGGAAUGAGACGCCGCGGCGCCGCUGCUUGCCCCCCGCCUUAGCCUCCCGCCGCCUCCUGGGCAAGAGGCACCCGGUGGCGCCGGCGGCUAUGGGGCAGCCACCCAGCCCGGGGAGCAGCACCACCGUCGGCCAGAGGAACCUCCCGAACCUGCUCAUUUUCCUGCUCUUCCUUGGACCUUUCAACUGCUUUGCAAGCUACAGCCGUGCCACCGAACUUUUCUACAGCAUCAAUGAAGGGCUACCUGCCGGGUUCCUCAUCGGGAAUCUAGCCCAGGAUUUACAGCUACCAGGGGCAGCAGAGAAAGAGAGGGAGGCAGCUGUGGAGGGAGGCUGGCAACAGCCCGAACAAUGGGGGAAAAUCCCUCUCUCCUUCAAUCUUGCCUCCCAGGGAUUGGGAGGUCAGUAUGUCAACCUGAACAACCGGACAGGAGAAUUGUACACCUCUGCCCAAGAGAUUGAUCGGGAGACAUUAUGCACAGAGGAUAACGUUGGUUCCAGUUUGGUUGCCUCCUCCUCCUCCUCUCCACUGCUCUCUUCUGAGUCCUGUUUGUUGUUGCUGGAUGUUCUGGUGUUGCCUCAGGAGUAUUUCCGCCUUGUCAAGGUGAAGAUUGCCAUCCAUGAUAUCAAUGACAAUGCACCAUGUUUUCCCAUGCCACAGAUACGCCUCUUUGUGCCUGAGAAUUCACCGAUCAACACCCGUUUAGCGAUAGAGCACCCAGCUGUAGACCCAGACAUGGGUACUAAUGGGGUCCAGAUAUACCAACUGCAAGAUGACUAUGGAGUAUUCACAUUGGAUGUUGAGGAGAAUGAAAGUGGGGAAAGAACGCCUUACCUGAUUGUCAUGGGUGCCUUGGACAGGGAGGCUCGAGAUGAAUAUGUUACACUCAUAACAGCAGAGGAUGGAGGAGUUCCACCACUGGUGGGCACUGCCACCCUCACCAUUGGCAUCAGCGACAUCAAUGACAACUGUCCCCAAUUCAAUGAGACCCAGAUAAAUGUCACUGUCUUUGGGAACUCUAGUAUUGGUUUAGACAUAGCCUCUGUCCAUGCUGUAGACGUGGAUGAGGGCAUCAAUGCAGAGAUCACCUAUUCGUACAGCCAGAAGGUGGCACAAUCAUCUCGCACUUUGUUCCAUCUUGAUGAAAGCACAGGCACCAUCAAACUCUCCAAGAGGAUUAAUGGUGACACUCCUCGUCUUCAUCGGCUGAGCGUCUUGGCAAAUGGUCCUGGUUGUAUACCAGCUGUGAUCACUGUGUCAGUAUCUAUCAUUAAAGUUAUGAUGCGACCUCCUGAAGUGAUCCCUCGUUUCAUAGCCAAUGAAGCAGAAGGGGUUGUUUACCUGAGGGAAUUAGAACCUGUUAACACACCAAUUGCAUUUUUUACCAUUAAGGACCCAGAUGAAAAAUACAAAGUGGAUUGCUAUUUGGAUGGUGAUGGCCCAUUCAGGUUGUCACCGUACAAACCAUAUCACAAUGAGUACUUACUGGAGACUACAAAACCAUUGGAUUAUGAGACUCAACAGCUCUAUGAAAUAUCAGUGGUUGCAUGGAACACUGAAGGAUUCCAUGUAAACAAAAUAGUUAAAGUUCAGGUUCUGGAUGAUAAUGACAAUUCGCCUGUUUUCUCUCAAUCACUAAUAGAAUUAACAAUUGAGGAAAAUAAUGCUCCCCAUGCUUUUUUGACCAAGUUGUAUGCAACAGACGCUGACAGUGGAGAAAGAGGCCAAGUGUCUUACUUCCUAGGACCUGAAGCACCAUCAUAUUUUUCUUUAGAUAAAGACACGGGAGUCCUGACAGUUUCCACCCAACUGGAUAGAGAAGAAAGAGAAAAAUAUCGCUAUACAGUAAAAGCGGUAGAUUCUGGAAUGCCACCCAGGGAAUCAAUAGCCACAGUUACAAUUUUAGUUCUGGAUAAGAACGACAACAGUCCGAGAUUCAUCAAUAAGGAUUUUAGCUUUUUUGUGCCAGAGAAUUUCCCAGGCUUUGGUGAAAUUGGAGUUUUAAGCGUCACUGAUGCAGAUAUAGGACAAAAUGGAUGGGUUGCACUUUCAGUUGUAAAUGGAAGUGAUAUCUUUGUUAUAGACACUGGCAAAGGAGUUUUAAGAGCAAAGGUCUCUCUAGAUAGGGAACAACAGAGCUCCUACACCAUAUGGGUUGAAGCGGUGGAUGGAGGUGAUCCUGCCUUGUCCUCAACUGCGAAAAUAACCAUCCUUUUGCUGGACAUAAAUGACAACCCACCACUUGUCUUGUUUCCUCAGUCUAAUAUGUCUUACCUCCUGGUCCUUCCUUCUACACUGCCUGGCUCACCAAUCACAGAAGUCUAUGCAGUAGAUAAUGACACAGGCAUGAAUGCGGUCAUAGCAUACAGCAUCAUAGGAAGAAGAGGCCCCCGGCCAGACUCCUUUAAGAUUGACCCCAAGACAGGCAACAUCACUCUGGAAGAAUCACUCAUGCAGAACGACUAUGGCCUCUAUCGACUUCUUGUUAAAGUUAGCGAUCAUGGCUACCCAGAACCUCUCCAUUCCACAGUCAUGGUGAACCUCUUUGUCAAUGACACAGUCAGCAAUGAAAGCUACAUUGAAAGCCUUUUGAGGAAAGAGCCUGACAUUAAUAUUGAGGAAAAGGAACCACAAAUCUCUAUAGAACCCACACACAAAAGAGUGGAAGUGGCAUCUUGCAUGCCUACCUUAGUAGCCCUGUCAAUAAUAAGUUUGGGUUCAAUAACACUGGUAACUGGGAUGGGUAUUUAUAUCUGCCUAAGGAAAGGGAGAAAAUACCAUACAGAUGAUGAACAUUUGGAAGUACAGAUCCCAUUAAAUGCAAGAAUCGAUCUGCAUAUGCUAGAGAAGAAACCAGUGGAAAUUUCCAACAUCUGAAUGGUUUCACACAGACAGUCUCAACCAAAACAUUCUUGAGAGUGACUCACUCCCAAGUGGGAGAUUGCCAGCAGGACCUACAGUGAAGGACUACUGAUUUAUAACUUAUUAUAAUUGUAAAUAGCUGUUUACAGGUUUUUAUGAAAAAGAAAAAAGGGAAAAAAUCAAAUUCAAUGUACAGCCUUUUAAAAAGUUGAAACCUUAGUGCUAACAGCUAGUAAUCUGUCUGUGCAGACGUGGCCCUCAAAAGACCCAUCUAUAGAACAAGUCAGUAUUCAUAAAGUGAAGGUAAGACGAUGACAUAUUCAUUGUUACGUUCUUCAAUGCUCAAAGUCAUUUUUGACCACAAGAGGGCAUCAUCAACUAUUCCUAUGAAUGAAACUGUUUAAAAGAAAAUGAAAAGUAUAUUUUGAAAUGUUUGAGGAUUUUUGUAUAAAGGGGAAAGAGAAAAAAAGUAUGGGUUUGAGGUAAAGCAAAUAUAUCUUCUAUUGUAUAUAUGUGAAGAUGACAAGAAAAUAUGCACUGGUAAAUAAAAACAGAAUGUUUUAUUACCUCAGAUGUUAAUAUAUAUAUAUAUAUAGGAAAGGCAUUAACAAGAAGUGCAAUUUCUUGAGGGUGCACACCAUCCCAUGUGUGAUUGUGAACAGAAAGGAGAUGUUCACUUUUCACUCAAUAUAGACAAAAACUGUCAAUUAUUUCAGCAGUUCCCUUUUCAUUUUGAAAUAACAGGAUUCCUUGAAACAAAUGAAGGUAUGCCAUGUGGGAUCUAAAACAGUCCAUGUCUCAGAAAGAUAAGGGUUUGACUGGUGUUACUGUCAUCCCUAUAUAAUAGUAGCUUCUAAAGCCUCAUCAAAUGCAUCUCUGGAAGGUUUCUCAAGCCUUGCAAGCAUUUUCUCAGGAGGCUUGAGGACCAAUCACUGGAAUCCUAGACAUCCUAUUUUUGAAGACAUUGCAGCCUGAUCUUGUCAUACUGAUUCCAAUUGGGCUUUCUUCUGUAGAUCAGGGCACCUGAUAUUUUGAUCUUCAGUUUCUAUAACUGCUGACUGUCUUAAGUGGGACCCAUGGGAGUUGAAGUCUAAAACCUUUGGAAGGCCAUAGUCUUGUUAUAAGUGAAGGUAUAUGGGAGUGUUGUCUAAAUGCAACAAAUCACAGAAUUGAUGAAAGGCCAAUUAUUUCCACAAGAGCAGCAAAGCCUGAUAAAAUCCAUCUCCAAUCCAGCAAGGGGAAGCAUAUUUAGAAGCAGAGUUCCAUAUAUCAAUUUGGUCUUUUGGCUCUGAUCCACAGGUACAAAACGAUGAAAGUCUAAGGCCCCUUCCACACAACUGAAUAAAAUCCCACAUUUUCUGCUUUGAACUGGAAUAUAUGGCAGUGUGGACUCAAAUAACCCAGUUCAAAGCAAGUAUUGUGGGACUUUCUGCCUUGAUAUUCUGGGUUAUUUGUCUGUGUGGAAGGGCCUUAAGUCUUAUUCAUAAACCAGCAGACAGAUAAUUCUUUUCCCCCUUUCUGCCCCAUCCAAGUUACAAACACUGGUAGUACUUAAAAUAUCCUUUGUUGAGGGUGUUCCUACAUGUAAUCCCUUACUACAUGAGUUUUUGAACGGAGGCCCAUAAUUACGUUUCCUUCAUUGCAGGAUAUUGCAGCUGUAUCUACCAACAACUAUUUACCAUGUUAUACAUACUUCUCUCUGUUUAUGAUUCUUCAUUGGUGACUCCCAUGUCAAUUGGAUACUGAACUCAGUCUGGAUUUUACUCUGAACUUUAAAAAUGCAUGCAUGGUGCUGAAAUUAAGCCCCCAAAUAUUUCAGCACGAUGGAUAGCUCUAGGCUGUAUCCACACUGCAGAAUCAUAGCAGUUUGGCACCACAUUAACUGCUUUGCCUUAAUAUUAUGUAUUUUUGUGUAUUUGGGUUGUAUUUUUGUGAGAU